GCAUCGCGCCCGGCUGGGGCCGUCGGGGGGAGUUGGGGGCCCGGCGCCCGGCCGGGCUGCAGCGAGGAAACGCCAGAAGUCGGGCACCAUUCGUUUUUUUUGGCUUUAAACAGCAGGGGAUUGAGUGCGAGAGGGGGAACUGGGGGCUGACCGUGUCCCGGGCCGGCCCUCGUGCGCGACAGCCGCUUUUAGCUGCAGUAAGGCUCCUGGUUCGCUUCCCAGCCUGCGCUCAGCCUCUGGUAAUCAGGCGUGCUCCGUGUUUUCUGCUUUGCAGCACACUUGUCUCUUCCCUUUCCCCAGUCCAGUGGCACUGGGUACGCGGUCCUUUCUAAACGCAUUCGCAUCUGCCCUGCUCUGACCGCCGAGUCUCUUCUUAAACCGCCCUAAAACAGGUCACUGGAAAAUCGCGUAACGUGCUGCAAAUACCUUGGCUUUUUUUUUUUUUUCACGCAAUCUGCAAUGCUCGGGAGCCACCGACCGUAUUUAGCUGUUUAUCCAAUUUUACUUUGAAUGAUUGCUUCAGCAGGCUUGGUGGAGAUCAAAGAACCCCUCCCUGACAUGUUCGCCUUUCAUUAGCGCGAAGCCCCGGAGCGGCCGGGGCAGUCCCCUGGGAACUUUGCCGUUUCGGCACCGUUUGGGUAAGGAGGGCGCAGAGAUUUGGAGGCUUUGUCCGCCCUCUGAUCUCCAGUUCGGCCGGGAUGGAGAGGGCGAAAAAAGCCCUAGGUGCAGAUGCGAGCACCCCAUCCCUAACCAUCCCUAACUUUCUAUCCGCUUCUCUGGUGCCAAAGGACACCCCCGGCGGGGAGAUGCUCGAGUCCCCCCCUCCCUGCGCCCCUCAGCCCCCCGGCUUUGCACGGGACGGGGCGGCGCAGCCAUGCCCCGCUUCUUCCAGAGCAUCACCUGCGGGUAAGGAGGUGCCACCGAGGGUAGGGGCACCCUGGGUGUGUUCCCCCCCCCCGCUUCCCCGCUCCUAGAAUUUAUCUGGGGCCGAGGCUCAGGGAUGAAGUCGGCGGGCAGCGAAAGAGCACGCACAUUUUGUGCUCCCCCCCCCCCCCUCUCUGCCCCCUCCCCGCCCCCGGCAGCCUCUCCUGCCGGCCUGGGAAGCCGGGGAGAUUUAGAUCUGCGAGGCUUUCAGCCAUCACGUGUUUAAAUAGUUGAUAUAAAACCCCAGCGCAGGGGAGCCAGGCGGGGGGACUUUAAGACCAGCCCUCUCCAGGGACCCUUUUGUUCGGCUCUCGAACAUAAGCACCUUCUUCGCCUCGCCGGGACUUCAGCGGCAACUUUGGCCGAGCGGCACCGGCGAGCCCCGCCGCGAUGUCCCGCUCCUUCUACGUGGACUCCCUCAUCAUCAAGGACUCGUCGAGGCCGGCUCCGUCCCUGCCCGAGCAUCACCACCACGGCCAGGAUUUCUUCAUCCCCCUCGGCGUGCCUUCCCCUCUCGUCAUGUCGGUGGCGGGGCCGGGCUGCCCGUCCCGCAAGAGCGGCGCUUUCUGCGUCUGCCCGCUCUGUGUCACCUCGCACCUGCACUCCUCCCGCGGUGCUGGUGGCGGUGGCGGCGGCGGAGGAGGAGGAGGAGGUGGCGGGGCCAUCCCCCUGCUCAAGGGCCAGUUCCCCGCCGCCUCCGGCUCCCCCGAGGCGCAGUGCUGCCCGAGGGCCGGCCACGCUCAGCACCCUCCUCAGCACCCACCGCCCGCAGUGCCCGCCGCCGCCCUGGGGCACCCAGCGCAUCACCCACCUGCCUGCGCCGCCACCGCCUACAGCGUCAGCGACCCCCGGAGGUUUCACUGCCUCGGCAUGGGAGGGUCCGACGCCAGCCAAAUGCAAAACGGGAAGAGGAUGAGGACGGCUUUCACUAGCACCCAGCUCCUGGAGCUGGAGCGGGAGUUCUCCUCCAACAUGUACCUGUCCCGCCUGCGGCGGAUCGAGAUAGCCACCUACCUGAACCUCUCCGAGAAGCAGGUGAAGAUCUGGUUCCAGAACCGGCGGGUGAAGCACAAGAAAGAAGGCAAAGGCACUCAGCGAAACUCCCACGGGGGCUGCAAGUGCAGCACCGGCCAGGGGCACUACCCCAGGUCGGAGGACGAGGAGUCUUUAUCCCCCUCAUCGGCUACCGAGGAGAAGGAGAUCUCCCCGCUAUGAGCCCCCCGCAGCCCCCGGGGUGCAGGGCGGCACACCUGGGGCCGCUCAGCUCCCCCUCCGUGGCAGCAGCCGUCUUUUGGGGCGCCGGUGCUCCCCUGGGGAUGCUCCAGCCACCCCGUGAGCCCGGCAGCAGGCACCUGCUCCUCCGAGCUUGCACCGCGGGACGGGACCCGCACUGCCCAGGGGUCCUCCCGGGGCAGUCUGAAGGGAGAAGGAAAGAAGGAAGGAAAGGAACAAGCGUAUUCGGAACCUGAAAUUAAACAGAAAACUUGUAGGGCUGACAGCCGCCCGGACGGACUCCUUAACGCGAAUAAGAAAAGCAAUAAAGCUCAAGUCGUUUGGGUUUGGGACGUCGGUUUGUUUGUGAAUAGUUUUAUAUAAAAUUUAUAUUUAUAUUUAUUUAAAUAAAUGAGA